AUGACUUCGCCGCCCAAUGAACGUAAUGAACGCAAUGGAGCAUCGGAUGGGUUGCUUUUCAUCACGGGGACGUCGCUUGAGGAUUUCAAGUCGACGAAGAAUAUGACGACUGUGAGGAGGAAGGCCAUGGGCAGUUAUCUGAAAGAGAAGAAGCCACGUGGGGCACAGAAAGAGCAGCAAGGGGGACUAGGAGAGGACUCGUCAGGUUCACGGUCGAGCGUUGGCAGUGAUCAGCAAGACAUCACCUCUAAUAGCGAGGCAAUACGACUCAUGAAUGGGGACGGCAGGACGAAAUCGUCACAGAGCACCUCGUUCCCACGCAGUCCGAAGACACGUACAAGAAAAACACCAGAAUCGCAGGUCUCGCGACUUCCGAGAAUAUCCAUGGAUUUCGUUCUCCCUAGCGCCCCCAUAGUCAUCCCUUCUCGGACAGGAGUACGUUUACCCUACGAUGAAACGUGCCCGAAGCCAUUCCAGUCGAUAGGCAAGCCGCUCGAUCCGUUUCGGACCAUGCCCCAAGCGAGUCAUCCGCAAGUUUCAGUAGAAGAGCUGAAGUUCCAUUGUUCAAUAAGCUUCGGCACUAAAGCAAUGGGCAUGUACUGGAUACCAACACUAAUCAAGUCUCCGCAUGCCUUCCUCAGCACGCUCUGCAUCGCGUCGGCGCACUACGAUGCGGUCAACGAGCGGCCUUCCGAGAGCAUCCAGACACUUGCGUUACGCCAGGAAGUCAUGCAUUUGAUCGGCCAGAAUAUGCUGAAUCCAGAGUCGCGAGAGGACGAUUAUAAUGUCAUCGCACUGACACAGCUGCUUACUAGUGAGAUCAUCGUUGGAGACAAUAUGCCUCUAGACUUUCAUGAGAACGGCAUUGAAAGAAUGGUCACCCAAAGAGGAGGGCUCGAGCAGCUCGGCGUAAGUGGACGUCUGGCGUCUACAUUGUCCUGGGUAUCCCUAGAAUGCGCCAUCCUUCGGGAAGCGAAGCCACGAUCACAAUACAUCGACUAUGCCGCGGCAGCGUCCACAAGAAGCUAUCCCAACACCGCAACUAUUCCCGAAUCCCCCUUAUACUGCCCGCGCAGCGAGUUCGAGACCAUCAAACGCUCGUCGAGGUGCUCGCCGCAAGCGCUCGACAUGCUCAAAGACAUCCGCAUGAGGAUGGAUCUCUUCCUGCACGAAACGAAACAGAGCCGCCACAACUCGCUCUCGCUGAAGAACAUUCACAAAAAGAUCACCACGCAAUACCCCCCCAUAUCACAGCUUCGAAAGAAGAGCGUUCUAACAGCGAACGACUGGCGCUACGAAGCAAUCCGCAUAACCGCGAUACUCACCGCAACCGCAAUAGCCCAACGAAUACCCCUCUCCGAAGCACUGAAGCAAGUCGCAGAGGCAGAAAACCCCGACGCUUUAGAUACAUUCCUGUCAAUAGCGACAACUACCACCCUCCGCCAAGACUUCACAGCACAACCCACGAACCCUUUCGCCCUCCCCACCACCCGCCUCUCCUUCCCCUCCCCGCAGCACUCAAACCCCACCACCUCCCUCCUCAAGCACCUCAAAACUGCGCUCGAGCACUCCAACCUUUCCGACUGCUGGGCCGACAUGGCAGGCGUGCUCCUGUGGGUCGCGCUCACAGCCGGCGCAGCGAGUCGCAGGAACGAGAGCAAGGUGCUGAAGAAGUGGUUCCGGGCGCUGGCGGUGAGGGUGUCGAUUGUGCUGUGCUUUGAGCAUCCGGAGGCGAUGCAUGCGAGUAUGCUUCGGAUGGGGAUUUGGUGGGGAGCGUGGGUUGGGAAGGGGAGGCGAGGGGGAAGAGGAGGAAGGAGUGAGUAG